UCUUUCUAACAAUUUUGCAUUCGAAUUGAAGCGGCCGAGACAAUUUUUAAAGAGAAACCCUUCUUCACCUUUCGCCGAAGUUAAAGCUUUCAUGGGCAGCGGAGACGAGGAUUCCGUCCAGGCUGCGGCGGAAGCGCGCAGAGAGAGGCUUCGUGCGCUAAAAGCUGCUCAGGAACUCCUCACCACUCCCGAUGAUAACGCAUCAACUGGCGAACCUCGUCACGAUGCUGAAAAUCAGCAGCCACAACGAUACCUGGAGCCGGAAAAAGAAGAAGAGGAAGAAGAAAAUGGCGAAGAAGAUAAAGAUGAGACAAAUGUCAAUAUGAAAUUUCGUAAUUACCUUCCUCAUGACAAGCUACUACAAGAGGGUAAACUUGCCCCGCCAGUGUUACCUAAAUUUGAAGAUCCAGUUGUGGCUGAUCCUCCUCCAGAAGAGAAGAAAGAGGAUCCCUUUCUACACAUAGCUCCAAAGAAACCUAAUUGGGACCUGAGGAGGGAUGUGCAGAAGAGACUAGACAAGCUUGAACGACGCACUCAAAAAGCAAUGUUAACACUUAUGGAACGAGAGGAAGCCAGAAGAUCAGGAGAAGCCAUAGGGAAUGGCGAAGAAGCGUGAACGAUAAUGGUAAGCUCUGAAAGUUCACGACGCACUUAAAUGUUGAUUGGAUGAAACUUAACCUCAGUUAUACAUGCGAGGUAAAUAUCCUCCUUUUAUCUGUUUUUCUUUGCCUGAUUGCCAUGCGAUGUUGUGUAGGACAUAUUUAGUCGUUGCUAGCGCUAAAGUAAGUAUUAUUUGUCUUGAGAAAGUUCUUGCGGAUUUCUGUCCAUUUUUCCUAGUCGAUUUUCAUGCCUUUGGUUAUGACAUUCUUAUAAUUGGAUCAACUAAUGUUAGACUCAAUUCAUUAAUUCUGAUUGGUAUA